AUGAUGCCAGAGAAGUUUCAGCACAUUCUUCGUGUAAUGAACACAAAUAUUGACGGUCAAAGGAAAAUAAUGUAUGCCAUCACUGCUAUCAAGGGUGUUGGUCGACGAUACGCGAAUGUUGUAUGCAAGAAGGCAGGCAUUGAUCUGAAUAAACGUGCCGGAGAGCUGAGUGACGACGAAGUUGAGAAACUAGUCACCGUGAUGGGCAACCCUCGGCAGUAUAAAAUCCCAGUCUGGUUUCUCAACAGGCAGCGUGAUGUCGAAGAUGGCAAGAACUCUCAGCUCAUGUCUGGUCAGUUGGAGACAAAACUCCGAGAAGAUCUGGAACGCCUUAAACGCAUUCGAGCACAUCGUGGUCUCCGCCACUACUGGGGCUUGCGCGUCCGCGGUCAGCACACCAAGACAACAGGUCGUCGCGGUCGUACCGUCGGUGUGUCCAGGAAGAAGUAA